UCCGAAGAUUCAGCGGGGACACCUCGGCAGCUGCCGCGCGGGUUCACACGGACGGACUCGCCUUUCCUUUCCUUCCCCCGACGCGCGAUCGGGGUCGGCGAGAGCGAAUUCCCCGCACCAAAGAAUACGCGUCGCCGUCAAGCCGUAGGUCACAGUUUCAGGGCACUCCGCCUUUUCAGCCACCGGUCUGGUCGGGGCGGCGUCGGUUGGGACCGGAGGGAGGGAGGAGCGAUGGAGCCCCUGGAGGCGGCGAUAGCGAUCGUGUUCAACGCGCUGCUGCUGGUGUUCAUGGUGAAGCUCUUCUUCGCCAUGUUCCAGAUGAAGCUCGUCGUCAUCCUCUUCUACCUCGUCGUCGUCCUCUUCGCCCUCGCCUUCUCCGGCCGCGGCCCCGCCGGCUUCUAGGUUUUUUUCCUUCCUUGUUUCGGCUGGCUCCGGAUCCACCCUUCGAGCUGUACAGCAGUGCUUCACACAUCUUCCAGAGAAUACUAGUAGAUCGUACCUACCUGCCUCGGUGGAUGGAUGUUUUGGUUGUUUGGUUUAACAAACAGGGGAAAUUUAGUCUGUGAUGAUGACGACUCCGAGCUGCAGAUUGUGUCAACUCGGCGAAUUGAGAAGUAGUAGUGCAGCUUUAUAUGAGCCCUAGUUGCAGAUUAUGCCGACUUACUCGGCGCUUUCCUCGAUUGUUCUGUGCAAUUUUACUUGUGGAUUCGUGAUGUAGCCUCUGCUAGGGGCACUCCUCUUCUUGAAAAACAUUAAUUUAGUGUUCGUUCCCAAGGGAAAGAAAAUUGUAGACAGUUUUGUUUCUUAUCUGAAGAAAAAUGUCAAUCAUGAUUUUGGUAUUAA